AUGCAGAAAGUGGGAAAGUUGGAUACCAAAGUGAACGGACAAAGCAUCCAGCCUGUCUCCAGCAGUGCUCAAAUAACAGAGAUGACUGCAAGAAAUAGCACAACUAGGAAGCAAGAGGUGAAGGCAUCGAUACAAGAGCUUGAUUCUCGAAUUGCUUCCCGAGUCAAGGCUGCUAUAUCUCCAAGUGCAUUGCCGCAGAUAUUCAAAAAUGCUUUGACUGUUCCCAUACUUCUUGACAUUAUCAAGUAUGUGGCAACCUUUUUCGUGUAA